CUUACAGAACAAAAGUUUAGCAGACAGCAUUCUCGCAGAAGUCACCAAAACAAUCCAAAGUUAUCAAUUUGAUUUUCGAGGGGCCAGAAUACUCUCUGGCAUGGAGGAGGGGGCUUAUGGCUGGAUCACCAUCAACUAUCUCUUGGAGAGUUUUAUCAAGCACACAUUUGAGGGCAAUUGGAUCCACCCAAAAGCAGGAAAGAUCCUUGGAGCUCUUGAUCUCGGUGGCUCAUCAACACAGAUCUCAUUCACCCCAAAAGACCCAGUGAAAAACCCAGAUUCAGCUUUUAAUCUCCAGCUCUACGGGUACAAAUAUGAGUUGUACACACACAGCUACUUGUGCUUCGGCAAGGACCAGGCUUUGAGGAAACUUCAGGUCUACCUUCACGAGACUGCUGGACCCUCACCAGUUAUCAGUCACCCAUGCUACCAUGUCGGAUAUAACCUCAGUCUUACUUUGGAUGACCUUUAUAACUCCCCUUGUGUGGUCAAACCAAACAAUUUCAACACCACGGCUACAGUCCUUUUUUCAGGAACGGGUGACUCAUUCCUCUGUCUUUCUCUAAUGGAGAACAUUGUUAACCUGACCGAUUGUGCAUUUUCACCAGACUGUGGCUUCAAUGGUGCCUAUCAGCCUCCGGGCAAUGGCAAAUUCUUUGUGAGUGUUUCUGUCCUUAUCAAAUAA